AUGAGUGAGGAAAGUAGAAUUAUUUCUAUGAAGUAAGUAUUAGAAAUAACAGACGGUAUGCCAUUCUAUUUGUAAACGAAGCCAUGGUUCUUAUUAUAUUUGAUAAAUAGACAUGGUCAAUGAGCUUUAAUAUGUAGGUAGUUCUUAUUAAGAAUUUUUGAGGAGAACCGAAUACGCUGGCCCUCAUGUUAUUCUAAUAAAGGAUUCUGGGAAGAAGGUGUUUGGUGGAUUCUUAUUGAGUUCGUGGAGACUAUCUAAGAAUGAGUUUUCAGAUAGAGAGAAAUAAUUUUGGUUAUCAGCCUAUACAAAUCACACAAGGAUUUUCAAGAGGACUCAAAAAAACAGGCGUUUAUAGAUGGCUGAUGAGACUGGGUUCAGUAUUGGAGCAGGAGAAAACUAAGUUAGUGAUAAUAUAAUUUAGAUAUGGUUUAUUUGUAAGCAGUUCCUUUAGUAAAGGGGAAUCUAAUUGGAGUGAAACUUUCGAUAAUGAAGUGUUGUCGAGUGAAAGUGAUUUCUAAAUUCAAGCAUUUGAGGUUUGGAUGA